UUCGUCUGUCAACUUACGAAGGCCACCCUUUUGGGAGGGCGUUCAAUGCAAAACUAGAUCUGACCAAUCAUGAAGCCCUCUCCCUCCAGUUUUACAUAUAUAUACAUCCUCUGAGCUUGCUGCCCAUCAUCUGUCUGUUGCCAGUUGUUAUCAUGUACUCUCUGGGUCUACUGUUGAUGCUAGCAGGUACAACCCUGGCGGCCGUCCUCGGCCCUGUACCUCAGUACAACCGCCCUCCUGUCUUGAUAAGGAUUCUCAAGCAGAGCCAGGACAACAACUUUGACGGCACGUUCGCCUAUGAUUUCGAAACUGAAAAUGGGAUCGCCAAUCAAGCCAGUGGGUAUGUGAAGGCGAUCAGCCCCAAGGAGCAGGCGCAGGUGAUCCAGGGACAGUACUCAUACACCGCCCCUGACGGCACCCCAAUCAUUACCCGCUGGUUCGCCGACGAGUCAGGGUUCCAUGCUGAGGGGGCCCAUCUGCCCGUGGCACCCCCAGUCCCCGAGGCCAUCGCCAAGUCUCUGGCAUACCAGGCGUCUCUGCCUCCAGCUGCUGUUGCUCCUUCUGCAGUGUACAGAAGGCGGUGAACUGUGAUGUAGGAUUUCUAAUGGGCAAUUUGAUUGUAUGCAUUAUACCAAUCGAUGUGUAAAUGUGUAAAAAAUAUCAUUACAUAAUUAUAUAAAUCAUUGUAAA